UCUCAGUUGGAGUAACUGUUCAUGACUCCUUUCGACAUUACCUAUUCGUGCCUUGACUCGGAUUCUAGAUGUAGUCGCUUGAGACGCACCGUGUAUGCAUUUCCAGGUCGCAUCAUCAAUGACAUGACAACGCCGCGGACUAUCAACUAAGAUGAAGUAACCCCGCUAAGCUUUAGGCGAUUUCUAAUCCUUCAACGACAACACCGUAAACACGCUCCCCUGUUUCUACUUACGCAUCUCUUUUCCCUUUUCCCUCAUUCAUCGCUUUUUCGGCCAUAACGUUGGUGAAACAGUCGUCCCUGAGAAGAUGAAGGAAGAAAAGACCCGCGAUGUCGGGGAUGAUGUUGAGCGUUUAUCCGCCCCCAACACGCGCCGUCAACGGCGAGGAUUCGGCCGCAAGUUCUGGGCCGCCGUGAUCAUCUCUCUUUUAUUGCUUCACCUUCUCGUCCGACCCGCCAGCUAUGGCAUGUCGGGUUGCCUGCCCAGCUACCCGAGGGAGAAGAGCAUUGAAAAACGCGUGAAGCGUAUCCUGUCACACACUCCAUUGAUCGAUGGACACAAUGAUUUGCCAAUCCUGCUGCGAGCCGCUUUCAAGAACCACAUCAAUGACAAGAACUUUACCACCGGCUGGGAAGACGGCACGCUCCCCGGUCAUGUCGACCUUGCACGCCUGAGAGCUGGUAUGAACGGAGGGGCCUUCUGGAGCUUGUUCUGGCCUUGCCCUGCCAACGGCUCCGACUUUUCUGAUGAAAACUAUCUGCCCGCCGUCCAGGCUACCCUCCAACAGAUCGACCUAGUCGACCGCCUCAAAGCCGCCUAUCCCAAGGACCUCGGGCCGGCAGUCUCCAGCAAAGCCGCCUACAAGGCCUGGAAGCACCACAACCAGCUCAUCUCGCCCAUGGGCAUCGAGGGCCUGCACCAGAUCGGCAACUCGGCCGCCACGCUGCGGCGCUACCACGCCCUGGGCGUCCGCUACGCGACCUUGGUCCACAACUGCGGCAACAAGUACGCCGACGCCGCCCUGCAGGAGAACCCAUUCCGCAAGGCCCCGUCCCACUGGGGCGGCGUCAGCCCGGCCGGCGAAGCCCUAGUCAACGAGAUGAACCGCAUCGGCAUGAUCGUGGAUCUGGCCCACACCAGCGUCGACACGAUGAAGGAUGUUUUGGGUGGCUCGGGCAAGGACUGGAAUGGCAGCAGGGCCCCUGUCAUCUUCAGCCACUCGAGCGCCUACGCGCUGUGCCCCCACCCGCGCAACGUGCCGGAUGACGUCCUUCGUCUGGUCAAGGAGCGCAACUCGCUGGUUAUGGUCAACUUCUCACCCGACUUUAUCUCGUGCGUGGCGGCGCCGGACAGGGACGAUGGGCUGCCGGAUUUUUACCCGGCCAAUGCGACUCUGGAGCAUGUGGCUGACCAUAUCAUUCAUAUUGGCGAGCUGAUUGGAUAUGAUCAUGUCGGUCUGGGUAGUGACUUUGAUGGGAUUCCAGUCGUCCCGAAGGGACUGGAAGAUGUCUCGCGCUACCCGGACUUGGUGGCCGAGCUGCUUCGACGGGGUGUUAGUGAUGAGGAUGUGAGCAAGGUCGUGGGCGGUAACAUACUCCGCGUGUGGAGGGAUGUUGAGCUCGUGGCGGCUACGAUGCAAGCUGCUGGUGAGUCGGCUCUGGAGGAUGAUCUGCCUAACUUGAUGCCCGAGGAGUAGACAUCUGAAUGGGCGGCACGUAGAGAAAAUUACCGUGUUUCCGCAAAGUUUUGUGGCAGCGUAGAUAGCUCCAAGAUGAGCCUGCAGAUGGCAAGCUGCUUAUAUAAAGACACAAGAUCUGGCUAGCAUAUAGACUCGGGAAUUGGGUAUCAUAAAUGUCUGUCGUGAUUCGAGUCAAUAAGCAAAAAGUUGCCCGUGUUUUGACUUGAUCCGAUGAAUUGCUCUACAACGCCGCGCCUGAUUCCUUUUGCG